CACCAUGCUGCCCUCUGUGCUGCUGCUGCUGGUCAGUGUUACACAAGCUAGUCAUUAUUAUGGCACUUUGAUGACCUACUACCCUCAGGAAACUUAUGCCAAUGGAUCAGUCUCUGUGAUCCUUCGCUUCAAGUUUAACUUCCAAUCCUGCCUAGAUGAUUCAUUUUCUUGCUCUGGCAACUGUGGCAAUGAAAGCUUGGUUCUUCCAAAUACCAAAUGUGAGGAAGUCAUUGGUGUUUGGUGUCAGAGUGAAAAAAUCACAUCUCGGCUGCUUCCCAACAACUCUCCGUUUCAGCUUGUAUAUGCCAGUAAUUCCUGGUUCCCUAAUCUAAAUGGCGCUGUAUACUGGAGAGCUGUUACUGAUGUUGAACUGAGGCACCGGUCCGACACCAACAAACCCAACUCAUCACCACAGACCACCAUGUUUCCAGCCCUGAGAGUUCCUUCAAACUGUCAGAGAAACGUUAACUUGUUGGCCUUUGACCCCGAUGGAGAUGAGGUUAAAUGCAGAUAUACUGACAUUUCCUUGACAGAAUGUGUCUCACCCUGCACACCUCCAUCUGUUCUCAACCUCUCCUCUACUUGUAACCUGUCAUUCAGUACAACUUCAAGCAGUAAUGAAGGUUGGUAUGUAGUCGAGAUGGUGAUGGAGGACUUUCCCAGAAAGGCAAUCACCUUGACUCAGACUGACGGGUCAAAGGUUGGGAAAACUACCAGCGAUGCCAUCAGCAAGAUACCCAUCCAGUUUGCUUUUUAUGUGGAUCCUGCAGCACCAUCCUGCUCAGAAGGUGUUUAUCUGCCGACAUUUCUGUUACCAACUCCAGAACACGGAGCUCAGUUCUACAGUCCAGUCAACCAGGCUCUGAAGAUCGACAUCAGAGCAAGGGCAACUCAGUCUGUGAUCACUGAGCUCCUGUACAGCGGGCCUUACAAUGUUGUCAAGAGUUCUUCAGAACCAGGAAGCUACUCUUUGACAUGGACACCAUCUGCAAGUGAAGAUGGACAGAGCCACCCCAUCUGUUUUGUCGUCAAGCGUCAGCAAGAACACUUAUUCCUACUUCUUAAGAGCAGCACCAUCCUCCUUUCCCUGGCAUGCCAGAUGGGUUACAUCAUGGGCUACGACCUGCAUACCCUCUGCAAGGGAUGGCUUGGACCUGAACACCUGGAUCUAGCCCUAUGCCUGCAGCCCACCUGCCUUUCCUGCAGGCGCCUCCCUCUGGAGGAAAAACAACGGCGGCUCUCUCCGCUAGAUGGGGAAUUCCCCACCACCAUCCGCUAG